AUGGAUCCCGAAAAGACGCCACUGAAGCAGGAGAACCCUUCCCCCAGCAGUCCGCCGGCGUACGUCUCCUCGCACGACAUGAACUGCUUCGGGAUGUCCAACAGGCACGAGAUCGACCCCGAGGGCGACCUCAUCCUCACCCUCAGCCGGGUCCGCCUCGCAGCUGAUGACCCCUCAGCCGAGGGCGAAGAACACGAGGAGAUUGACGAGGACGAGACGCUCCACAACGACGAGCUCCGCGUCUCCUCCAAAGUCCUACAACUCAACUCCCCCGUGUUCAAAGCGAUGCUAUCCGGAAAAUUCAAAGAAGCCACCGAGCUCGCGGAGAAGAAGGGGACGGCCGACGACAGCCCGUACGACCUGGACCUCCCCGACGACGACGUCGAGGCCAUGUCGACGCUCUGCCGGAUCCUGCACAACGUGUACGUGCCCGAGAGCCCGCGGCCCGUCGCGCUCGAGAGGCUGGCCUUCGUCUGCGACAAGUACGAGUGCGUCGGCGCGCUCAAGUACUGCGCCAUCGUCUGGAUCCGCGACUGGCUGGCGCAGUUCGACGACGAGGUGCCCCCCAUGAGCGACUUCUGCCACCUCCUCGUCUUCGCGUACGUCAUCGACCUGCCCGUCGAGUUCUCCGAGAUCUCGUGGCGCAUCUUCUUGUAUCACGAGGGCCCCUUCUCGACGGCGUCCGAGCAGGUGAGGAUGCUGGUCGAUCACCCUCUCCUGCGCCACGAUUUCAUCAGUGAGUGUGCUCUGUCGAGUGAGAUGCGUGGCUUGCGCCCUGCUUACGCCGGCUAG